CUUUAGGGCUCGGUUCGAGUUAGAAAUAGAAAAUACCACUUCCCGGCAUAGAAAUUUGUGACAAAACCCAAUGUCUUGUUGACACAAGUGAUCUUAAGGCAGGCCAACACCAGACGGAUGUCUACAAUUGAAAGUGAAACGUAAAAGAAAACCGAACUUAAAUAUUUAGUGGAAUAGUAAAAUGUCCAAUACAAGUCUUCUAACGCGAACGCUGCUAACCGAAGGAACCAUUGCAGCUCCCCGCUCGAAGAAUCGCUCGAUCUUCACACUCAUCCUAGGCGUUGUGGUGGGGUAUUUUCUGGCCCAGUUGUUUGCCAGUAUUGUGCCACAUGAAAGCUUGUACCCUUAUCUCAGGGGAAGACUGAGUCUCCACAGCGAACCCAAACUCGAACGAAAGCCCGAAAAGGUUGAGCAAGUUGAUCAAAAUGUAUUCCAGCAUCACUCCCAUGAGCAUCGCCACGACAACUCCACCGUGGCAGAGCAGCUGAAGAAGGAGGUUCGCAUCCUCUGCUGGGUGAUGACAAAUCCCACGAACCACAAGAAGAAGGCUCGUCAUGUGAAACGGACCUGGGGCAAGCGCUGCAACAUUCUGCUCUUCAUGAGCUCCGAAAAUGACGAUGAGCUGCCAACAGUCAAACUGAAUGUGGGAGAGGGUCGAGUGAAUUUGUGGGCCAAGGUCAAGCAGGCCUUCACAUACGUCUACAAGAAUCAUUACAACGAUGCCGACUGGUUCUACAAGGCCGAUGACGACACCUAUGCGGUGAUGGAGAACAUGCGCUAUAUGCUGUAUCCCUACAACCCCCAGACGCCCGUACACUUUGGCUUCAAGUUCAAGCCGUUCGUCAAACAGGGCUACAUGUCCGGCGGGGCUGGCUACGUUCUCAGUCGAGAGGCUCUGCGCCGGUUUGUGGUCGAGGGCAUUCCGAAUCCGAAAAUGUGCCUGCCCGGCACUGUGGUGAAUGAGGAUAUCGAGAUCGGUCGCUGCAUGCAGAACCUGAAUGUAACGGCUGGGGAUUCAAGGGAUGCGAUGGGUCGCGGACGUAUGUUACCGUUUGCUCCCGAACAGCAUCUUAUACCCGCCAAGUGGGAUAAGAAGUAUUGGUACUGGAACUACAUGUAUUACAAGACGGAUGACGGUCUGGAUUGCUGCUCAGAUCUGGCCAUAUCCUUCCACUAUGUUGCGCCCAAUCUGAUGUAUGUUCUGGACUAUCUGAUCUAUCACUUGAAGCCAUAUGGUCUGCAGAGGUCACUGGAAAGCCUGCCCGCCAAGCUGCCAGUGGGUAAAUUUCUACCUGCCCCCGUUGAGCAACAAGCGGGCAGCAAUGAGGAUUCUGUGGAUGAUUACGAUAGACUAGUAACCUCCACUACCAAGGCCCCCAAGGAGCCUGAUGCUAGGGAAAUGGACUCCAGAGAGCUGGAAAAGGAAGAGACUAAAUAUAGGAAACGGAUCUCGAAGAAAGCUGCUUCCAACGAUACCAAGGACAUCGACGACAAUUCGGACUCAAGUGCUGAUGAGGAGGCCAAUAACGACGAGGACGAAAGAUCCAAAUAGGAGAAGAAAGGAGAACAAGUCUAGUUUUUAUACAUAUGCUAAGCAUUUGAUCCAUUUACUAGCAUUAGAAUAUUAGCUUGUAGGGGUGGAUAAGUAUAAUUUAUAAUAUAUC